AUGGCCGCUGAGGUGGGGAGGGAGACGGCGGGGGCGGGAUGGGGGAAGGCGUGCGGAUGCGUGUGUGUGUGCGAGGCGCACAUCAUACACACAUCAGAUAGCGCAGAUCCCUCGGCAGGCAGCCGGCAGGCAGCCAGCCAGCCGGAGAGAAGAAAAAAAAGCCUCGAGCCGGGCUGCGGGCGAGCCCGCUGCUCCUCCCGAGGCUGCCGAGGAGCCUCGGCCCCGCCGGGCACCGAUGCGCUGCGGAGCGCGGCUGCAGGGAGCCCGUCGCUGCUGAGGAGAUGGCAAGUUAGAUCCACAAAGGAGGAAGGAAGGACACAGCUGAGGACGUUUGUGCCAGGUAAAUCAAGCCUCCAUGAUGGCUUCUCCCUUUGCUUCCCCUUUGCAUCUGGCAGCCUGCUCGCUCUUCCCCAUGGUUUCCCCAAGAACUGGGCACUGGCACCGACUAAGGGAGCUUUUUAUAAUCAAUCCGUAAAGGUCGCAGGCAGCAGACCCACGCGCCCAGCCACCCUUUCUCCUGCCUCCCGCCCGCCUGCUCCCAAAACGGAGGAUCCGGCCGGUCCCGCCAUGUCGUCGGACCCCAGUGCCCCGCCGGCGGUGCCGCCCCUGCACUCCCCCAAGUCGCCGGUGUGGCCCACCUUCCCCUUCCAGCGGGAGGGCAGCCGCAUAUGGGAGCGGGGCAACCUCCUGCUGCGGGACUUGCCCAGCCCCCUCCCCACCAAGAGGACCAGGACCUACUCAGCGACAGCGCGUGCCUCCGCUGGCCCCAUCUUCAAGGGCGUCUGCAAGCAGUUCUCGCGCUCCCAGGGCCACGGGUUCAUCACCCCUGAGAAUGGCACAGAGGACAUUUUCGUCCACGUGUCUGACAUCGAGGGGGAGUACGUCCCGGUGGAGGGGGAUGAGGUGACGUACAAGGUCUGCCCCAUCCCUCCCAAGAACCAGAAGUUCCAGGCGGUGGAGGUGGUCCUCACCAACCUGGCGCCCCACACGAAGCACGAGACGUGGUCUGGCCAGAUCAUCGGUUCCUAG